AUGUCAGUAGCUAAACCAAAGCUAGAUCCACUUCGUUCAAGACUUAUCAAAUACGUGAAUGAUUUAGAAAGUGGUGAGUCUCGAAGAGAGCAAUCUUCUAACAGGAUUAAAUCUGAUGGUAGUGCAAAGCGUAACCUAUUAUAUUCUGAUAAUUACUCUCCUAAUAUGAAUAAUUAUAAUGGAAAUCGAUUAACACUUCCACCUCAUAAUAGACAUGGUGUAAAAAAUAAUGAUCUGGCAAAGAAUACCGAUGACCAAGAUUCAGUAAUCAGCCAAUCAACUCCUGUAAAAGAUUCCGAUCCUAUUUCAAAAUCCAGCACAGAUACUGAAAAUAGAGAAUUCAGUUUGUUAUAUUUUAAUUCGAAUGAUAAUAUUCUAAAGAAAUAUCUAAAUAAUCAGCGACAACAAUUGCUUGAAACUAAUGAUUCAUCUAAAACUAGAGAGGAACUAUCUAACAAAAGUAAAACUAAAACAAUUGAAACUAAUUUGAAAUCUUCUCAAGAUAUUAAUUUUGAAAAUGAAAUAUUUGAUUUCAUUAUUCAAAUCCAAAAAGAUAAUAGUAAAUAUUCCACUAUUAUUAAAGAAAUGCAAAAAGAAUUGGACAAAAGUGUAAACAUUAUUCAACGAUUAGAAAAUAUUAUUAAUAAGUCUAACAAUACUGAUAUAAAGGAAAAUAUUGAUUCCGAGACUUCUUUAAAAUCCAUACAAAAUGAAAGCUCUACUUUAAAUGAAAAUACUUUGAAUUCUGAGAUUCAGCUACAAGGUUCAAAAACCAAACCUGGUCAUGAAGAAAAUGCACUUAAAAAUGACUCUCAAACGGACAAAGAAGAAAAAUGUGAGAUUAGAGCUGAUUUGUCAAAAUUACAAAAGGAAAUUUCUGACUUACAAGAAGAAAUAUUACAACUGAAAACACAAUCUAAGAAGUCAGAAGAAAAAUAUAUUGAUUUACAGAAGCAGAAGGAAAAUUUGUCAAAAGAUAAAACUGAAUUAAAAAAUAAAUUAAUUGAAACCGAAUCAGAACUACGCUCUGAGUUACAAAAAUCUGAAAAGAAGGUUGAGAAUAUGAAUAAAUUAAAAAAUGAAUCUGAUCAUAAACUAAUUGAAAGUGUAACUACAUUGAACAAGCAAAUAAAUACUUUAAAUGAAAGUAUCACAGAUUUAAAUAAUGAGAAGAAUUUAUUAAUAGGUGAUAAAAGUAAGAAGAUUACCUAUGAAAAUAUAAAAUCAAGUUAUCCAGAUGUAACGAUAUCUGACUAUGAAGAGACUCUAAAUAUUAAUCACAUCGAAACAUUGAGUUUGGUUGAAUUACAAAACAUCGUUAAACAUCUACAAUUGACAUUACAAGUCCCACUUUCAAAGUUACAAAUGGCUACUGAUAUGGCAUUAAUUACAUACAAACUAGAGCAGCCGAUUUUCGUAGGCUUAAUUAAUAAUCUUCUCUUACAGGCUCAACUAAAACAAAUAUCAUAUAAGGAGCUAAGCGAUAAAGCAUAUUUCAAUUAUCAGAAAGUACGAAGCCUUAAAAAAGUAAACCAUCCGCUCCAAGAUUUCUUAAAAGACAGUUACUAUCACCUGUUGCCAGUCAUAACCAACAAAUUAUAA